AUGAUUGCUUAUGUUUCGGUUGAGGAUCACUCAAGUGUCUCAAAAGAUAUGUUUGGACAAAUCCGUAGAGUUAGUCUCUUGGAUGAGCAUCUUCCCUGUGGUGACACUUUGAAAGAGAUGGAAGAACCAAAAAGUAUUGUUAUGAGUCCCUCUGGAGAGUUUUUCGGGAGAAUGUUAGCAGUGGGAGAUGUAACAAGAAGAGUGUUGAUUUGGGAAGAUAUUGGUGAGGUAAAACUUACUUCAGUGAAAAGUGAAGAUGGUGCUGAGUCUUGCAUUGCUUUCAAUUGGCAUCCUGAUGAAGUAACUGUUCUUAACUUCUCUUCAGAUGGAGCGUUUUUGUAUUCUGAUAAUCAGAUACAUCUUCUUAAAAUGCCUUCCAUGGAGAUAUUGAGAACGAUUCCUGGAAUCAAGUCUCCGGGAUUAGAUAGCUUUGGAUUUAUAAGCUACGUCAAAACGAUGCAUAUUUCCCUCACCAGAACUGUGUCCAUUGAUCCUUCUUCCGGUAUUGCUGCUUUAUCCACAACGAAUCAUUGUGUUCAACUCUACAACCUUUUAAAUGACACAGAGGUUAGCAUCCUAAACGACUUUUUCUUGAGUUUGUAUCUGAUAGCUUUAUGGUUUAGCAAUUUAACAAAACAAAUGCAGAUUCAAGUUUGCGAGAGAAAUCAUCAACCAGAGGAUGAUGGACUCCGAGUUGCAGUGACAGCAGUUGCUCUCUCCAGGAAUGGCUCACUGAUGAUUACAGCUGAGACCAGGUUUGCUGAAGGAAACCUUAGUGGAGGCUUAGUUUCUCUCAAGUUUUGGGUGUUUGUACCAGACAAGAAAACAUUUAGCCUAACCACAGUCAUAAAUCAACCUCACAGUGAAGCUGCUAUCACAGCCAUUGCGCUUAACUCACCCCGUCCCAUGGCUGUUACUAUACCGAUGCCACCGAUAUUUUCCGCCUCCAUUUUAUCCUUCGUUUGUUGCCGCAGCGACUGCAAAAUCAGUCAGUUGUGCUUCACCUGUGUUAUGUGUACCGCUGCGUUCCGCGGUGAUGAAACGAACAUGGGUUAUAUCUUCUGCCGGAGACUUCAAGGUAGUUCUAUAUCCUUUACCUUUGUUUGA